UAUCGCCUGCGAUCGCUUCAAACAAACAUGGCGUGUGUUCCGUUAUUAUUGCUAUUGCUGGAAUUCUUCGUGCUUGCUCCGUCGCCAUGUUUUGCUCAGUGUCCGAAAAAUUGCCAGUGCACACAACAAGGAAUUACUGGGUCUCCGAGUUUUAAGAAGACUGUUGAUUGUUCCGCAAAACUUGGCGGAUUAGAAGUUGCUCCUAAUGUCCCCACAGACGCGACUCACUUAGACUUAAGAAACAACCGGCUGAAGAUCGUGCCUUCAAGCUUAUUCCUAAACACACCCAAUCUGAAAGAAGUAUACUUGAGUGGAAAUCCGCUGACUUGCGACUGUCAGCUUUACGGUCUCCACAAUGCUACUCGCCACCUCGCAAAAUUUACUGGGACUUGCUACAAGCCAGAUAGAUUACGUGACAAAGACAUCGCUUCACUCAAGCUCUGGGACUUCUGUCGAGGCUGUGCUUUGGUCAAAGUUGCGCAGAACUCCAACGAAGAUAAAGAGUACUCGAUGGAAAUUAGCGCAAAUUGUGAUACACACGUGCGGUUAUUCUGUCGAGGAAUGGCCACAGAUUCUCCUAAAGAAUACAUUACACUUAUAUCUGGGCAAAGCAAAAACUACGCUUAUGUUCACGACUACAAACAGCCGUCUGCUUCCAGAGACAAAUGCGUAAAGGCCAGUGGUGGCUCGAUGUACACUGAGGCAGGGUUAACCAACUUCUCCAAAGUUCUCGUGGAUCUGAACUCUAUGAGUAUUGUACCAGAUGACUUCUAUUACUCUACAACAAGCUCUGGAAAACGUAUCAAGUACGGAGAAGCGGGUGAUUGUUACUCCGCCAGCAAAGAAAGUUGCCGAAAAGGAAAAUUUCAAAUUGAUCUCACGGGGACUGGCUUCCGUCUGAAGGAGGAGGUUUAUUGGGAGCCAUAUGGUACUCCUUCAGAUAUCGAGAACUCACUGGACAUUGAUGAGGAUCGCACGCAGGUUUCUGCAGAAUGCGGGGGGUAUUGCGGAGGUUGCAGAGCGCAUGGUGGGAAUCUGGCUGUGGAGUUGGACUAUUGUCCUCAAGAGGGAAUUAAGACUUGUUAUGAUCCAUUGGGCAUGGCGAAUGGUUCAAUUUCGAAUGGUCAAAUCACAGCAUCGAGCCAGAAAAUUGGCAAAGACAAGAGUUUCAAAGCAGAAUAUGGCCGAUUGAAUAAUAAGCCUUCUGGGGCCAUGGGUGGGGCUUGGUGUGCACAGUCAUCUGACAAGUUCCAAUACCUUCAGAUUGAUCUAAACAAAGAGAUGACAUUGUCGGGUGUGGCCACCCAAGGACAAAUUGACGCGCCUAACUGGGUAGUAAAAUAUUCCAUUCAGCACAGUACGGAUGGAACAAACUGGAAGGAUUACAAGGAGUUUGGACAUGACAGGGCAUUUGAUGGCAAUGUAGACCAGCAUAAUGUGGUUACAAACUGGUUUAAUCAGAGAUUUCGAGCACGCUAUGUAAGAAUUAAACCGGGAUUGUAUAGCAGUCCUACAAACACAAUCUGCUUACGAGCCGAAUUAUAUGGAUGUGUUACAGAUAUCGUCUCUGUCAUCAUUCGAAGUAGCUCAACCAAAAACUGCUGGUCUCCACGUACGAUUUCCAAUCCUUGCGAAAUAUCAGACGGUUCUCUGUUCACUUUGCAGUCCUUCUGUCAGGGAGAGGGAGUGAUGAUGGCUUUUCGUCGCGAUGGAAGCCUUAUUCACAGCUGUAGUGGGAAGUGUGUGUUUAAGAAUGCAAAAGAUCAGCUUGCUUUGAGAGAUGGACUUUGUGAUACAUUUGCAAAACGGGAGAAUCCUGAUGGUACUAUUGCAAUCAGCCAUCAAGCCAGCGGAUUAUGUGUCAGAGUGGAUGCUGGAAAAAAUUUGAUUCUGUCUAAUUGUAGCUCUCCUUAUUUGUUUGAAACCACACAGUCUGGACUCCACCCAAUCUCACCAAAGUUCAAGAGGAAUAGUCCACAGUACCUUACUCUUAAUAAACCAGGCUGGAUCCACUGUCAAGUUAUUUCCGAUCCAAGAGCAAAGUUGUUUUGGACAAAAACUCUACCGUGGCCUAAUGGAGAGCACCUUCCUGAUCUGGAAUUUCUGCCAUUUUCUAACGGAUCGUUGUUUGUGAGGAAGGCCAAGAAAAGUUAUGAAGGGGACUUCUACUGCACAGCUGUCAAUUCUGGAGGGAUUAAGUUACAGGACAUAACAGUUAAAGUUGCUGAGCUUCCUAAUUUCGUGAAACGUCCUAGCGACUUAACAACUUCGGUAAACAAUUCAGUCAUGUUUGAUUGCAAAGCAACCAGUGACCUUGGAGUAAAGUAUUCCUGGUUUCAACUCGUAAAAGGAUCUUCUACUUCGACGUCUGUUCUUAAGUUGGACAAUAGGUUCAACAUUUUUCCCAACGGGUCUUUGAAUAUACGCAGUGUUCAGAAAAAAGAUGAAGCAUUUUAUCACUGCCGAGCAGAAAACCCCAUAGGAUUCAACAACGUCACAGCUUUUCUGCGGGUGCUGGUUCCCCCUAGAUUCACAAUCCAGCCUCUCGGCUCAGCGGAACCAUCAGGGAGCUCUCCUGUGUACAACUGCCAAGCCGUUGGGGACCCUGUGCCAACCAUCAGGUGGACCAAAGUUGGUUCCGCGCAAACGCCAACAGAGCAGUUAAAAAAUGGCAGCUUAUUACUCAGAAACAUCCAAAAGUCUGAUGAAGGUCAAUACACCUGCUCAGCAACCAACAUUGUGAAGACGGCCGCAGCUAAAAUUACAAUAAGUGUCUACACUGCCUGUAGAAUUGAUUCUCAACCCAAUGCAUUUCACCGACCAGAUCGCAAGUUCUUUGCUGUUGGAGAAAAGGUCAUCGUGGAUUGUAAGCCAGGUUUUGAGAAAAAACAAGAUGGAAAUCUUUCUUGCAAGGCAGAUGGGAAUUGGAACAAACGCUUUCCCCAAUGUAACGAUCUCGACGAAUGUGCGAUCCUUUCAUUACCGUCAAGUACCCAGAAUAGCACCAAGCUUCGAAGUUGUCAUGACAAAGCCCGUUGUGUGAACACUUUGGGCUCAUACAGGUGUGAAUGCACGAGGGGAUAUGCUGGUGAUGGAUUUUCUUGCACUGCUGUUUGUUUACCGCCAUCGGACGACGAUAACGGAGAAUGGAUGCCUAAUAAACCGACUUAUCGUAUUGCUGAGACAGUUUGGCUCAACUGUGACUUGGGAUAUAAACUGGCGGAUUCAGAUGUGUCGAGUGUAACUUGUGGCAAAGACACAGAAUGGAGUACUCCUAAUCCGUCUUGUCAAGACAAAAAUGAAUGCGAAGAGGGCUCUCCUUGCCACAAGAAUGCUGACUGCGUCAAUACUGUUGGCUCAUUCACGUGCAGAUGCAAGGAAAGAUUCGAAGGAGACGACGUAACGGAAUGUAAAGAGCAGAAAACACGACUUGUUACUGGAUCGGAUGGGAAAGUGUGGAAGUACUCAGCCAAGAUGACUGAUCUGAACGAAAAACUUAAACAAUUUAACGAUGAAAACAUCAGUGCCGAGGAUCUACUGGCUACUGUACUAAAUUCCUCCGCCCCAAGCUCCGGACAACCGAUGGCGGGUGACCUGGUCAUGAUUGUCAUGGGGAUGGACACUGUUCUGUCAAAUCUGAAUUCCACACAACGAAUGGCUUCUGCCAAGCAAGUCAUUCAAAUUUCUAGUCACAUCUUGGAUAAGAAAAAUAAAGAGCAAUGGAGUGAAGUGCAAAAGGACUCAAAGGGCGUAACUGAGGUAAUGGCGUUACUAGACAAGUUUGCUAUGAAGCUCGCCUCAGAUCUGGAGAAACAGAGCUCUGAGAAUGCCACUGUUGAUAUUAAAACGAAUAAUAUUGGAAUGAAAGUGAUGGUUAAAGAUGCGAACAAAUUUUCGACUGAUGUAGAGUAUCCUCAAAGCUCGAAACAAAGCAACGAUGGCUCAGCGCAGAUUCGUUUGCCCCAAGAAUUGUUUGCCAAAUACAAAGGUGACUUGCCCGUUAAAGUGACGAGUUUUUUAUUCGAAGAUUUGGGUGAACUCCUGCCAAAGAGAGGAGAGGGAAUAAAGAGAUUUGAUGUGAGUUCGCCGAUAGUGUCCAGCUCCUUAUCUCCUGUUCCUUCCGAGGGGAAACUGGACCCGCCUGUCACCAUUACAAUGAGGAAUAAAAAGCCAUCAGAUGUGGAAGCAGUAGAUAAAUGCGUCUACUGGGACUUUGAAAAAUCCAAGGAACUCGGAGGAAGCUGGUCAUCUGAUGGCUGUCAAAUAUUGUCCAGCGGUAGUAACGGCACAGUAUGCGCAUGUGAUCACCUGACCAGCUUUGCCUUGCUGUCUGUCUAUGACAAGGAACUAGUUUUUGGCCUAAAAAUAUACAUCGGCUGUGGAGUGCUGUUGUUAGCUGUAGUUCUGGCACUGAUACGGCACCUUUACCUGUACUGCAAGCGUCGUUACGAACGGUCCAUUAUACACAUCAACCUUUGUUUGGCCAUAGCCGCUGGCAUAGCCCUUUUCCUUGGUGGGCUCAGACUGACGAAAAUUCCAGCGGUUUGUACCAUUGUAGCAGCUUUACUUCAGUUUUUCUUCAUCGCCAUGUUCUGUUGGGCAGUUUGUGAAGGACUUCAACUGUUCAUGACUCUUGCUACAGGAAAAAAUAAGAACUCGACCAGACUAAAGUUCUUCUUUAUCAUUGGUUGGAUUUUUCCACUGAUUGCUGUUGGAGUCUCUCUCGGCGUCACCCAGUUACAAGGUUAUGGUAACGAUGAAUGGUGUUGGCUAGAUUACUCACACGUGUUAAUGUGGUCGUACGUUUGUCCAGCCGCUGGAUUUACUUUGGUUACUCUCGUGUUAGUAGUGAUGAUUCUUUGUUAUAAGGGACGAGUUGUCGAUUCUAAAGACAGAAGGAAAGUCUGUCUGUCAGUCUUGUUCCUAAUUUUCCUCAUUAUUGCUAUCGCGGGAACCUGGGUUGUAGCCGCCAUUUAUGUCAGACAUCACGAGAAGAGCUUGUGGCAGUACUUGUUCGCGGGCGCAUGUAUACUGCAGGGAAGUUUACUCCUUGUUUACUGUUUCCUGGAUCAGACCGUCAAGAACUUUACGUUCCACUAUCAGAUUAAAAGAAUGCAGAGCAAGGAAAAACGGAAUUAUUACAGUACCACAGACACAGUUCAGUAUUACGGUGCGAAUGCAGUGGACGGUAAAUACAAAGUGACCAGGCCUUCUAUUAAAGAGUCCAACACGGAUCUUCCGGGCUCGUCCAAGAGACUUUCCCGUAUUGGCUCCACCACAUCCGGGGUCUUUUACGAUAAAGAAGAAUACCCACCCCCAAUUAUGGACACCCCCGCCCCAAUGGACUCCGCGAUUAAAAGGAAAAUCGAAGGUCUACCGAUCCCAGACUCUCCUGGAGGUGAUGUAAUUCAACUACAAUCGUUUCCGAACCAGAAAGGAAGUUCAUCGUAUUAUUCAUUGGUCGCUUCUGAAUCUACCAGCGAUCGCGAUCGGCGUCCGGACGGAGCCGAGGAACCGGAAAUGGCUAUGGGAGAACGAAGAUAUUCCAAGACGAGCAUGCGUAAGAGUGCCGACAAUUUGUUGUCGAGUCACUCUAGGCUACAACAGAUCCCUGAGAGACAGCCCCUUAUGCAUUCUGGGUACCAUCAACCAGAAUCACCGGAAUCACCACCACCGUACAAGAUUGGAGAGCGUCAGAGACCUUUCGACAACAAGAGAAAGUCUCCAUUCGAAGAAGAUCACUUCUACGGUUCAAGGGACACAGCCCUGGACUCCUCGCGACGUAAGUCACGUCGUUCCCGCCGAAGACUCGAAGAAGAAUUCGGAAAGUCCGACCGAGAGUCGAUUUCACAGCGUAAGAAGAGUUUGCGAUACUCUUCUGGUUUCUUCAGUGGUGUGACAGUUGAGCAAGAUUCACAAAAAGUGGAAAAGCCACAUGCAAGCCUUUGAGAAAAAUUAGCUUAUUUUUUUAAUUCGGAAGAAAGGUGCAUCACACCCCGCACGCCAGGAGACAAAAUCCUGGAUUGCGAUGCCAUCUCACGCGGUUGUGACGUGUAACUAGUUACAGUGUCGCAAUAGAUGUCAAGUGAACCGCACCUCAAGGUACGUGAUUUAUGGGAGAGAAAGAAAGUUUGUGCUGACACCUAAAAAAGACAAUUUAUGAAAAUAUUUCAGAAACUUGUGUGUUCGCCCGUUUAAAAAAAUCCUGCAGUAAUGUACAGUGCCUUGUAAGUCCAGUACAUAAAUGAUUGGCAAGAAUAUAUGACAUAAGGAAAGUUAUGUAUUUAAAGAUACUCAUACCUAUAACAUUUGUCAUUCCUGUUUUUCUUAAUUGUUAAGCUUGCGUAAGCAAAGAGAACCCGUUUUAGGUGUUUGAAAUUCGACUGAAAACAUUUUUACACGAUUUCGUGGACCCAACAGCAACAGAUUUCUUUAUUACAAUUGCUUCAAUUAGCCUGGACCCGAAAGGUAUCGCCCAUAGGCUGGUGCUUGAGCGGGGCAAUUAAAACGAACAUCAGAUCAAUAAAAAACACCACAGACAACAUAAGCACUGUGGAAAAUUUUCAGUCACAAUUUUUUUAAAAUUUCAUUUCUAUUGCUUUUUUUUAUCUCAUUGUUUGUUUGAUAAGUUUUUACCUGUAUCUCAGUCUAAGCAAGACGUUAAAUAAACGAGAACUGUAAUUUUAA